GCUCUUCUAAGAACUAACCUUUAGUCAGUGGGUGACUUUCUUUGUGGGAGUAAAAGGAAGCUGUUAUGAAAUAGCUCUUAUGGAACUGUUACAAGCUUUCAAGGAUUCAAAGGUCUAAAUGAAAAAGGCCAAGUAUUAUUUCAAAAGGCAAGUAUAUCCUAAUAUAGCAAAACAAACAAAACAAAAUCCAUCAGCUACUCCUCCAGUUGAAGUGAUGAAGCCCAAAUAAUUCAUAUAGCAAAAUGGAGAAAAUUAGACCGGCCAUCUAAAAAUCUGCCAUUGGUGAAGUGAUGAAGAACGUUUACUGUCUUAUUCCGAAACUUGUCCAUUUUGCAACUCUUGGCUGCCUAUGGAUUUCUGUGGUGCAGUGUACAGUUUUAAAUAGCUGCCUAAAGUCGUGUGUAACUAAUCUGGGCCAGCAGCUUGACCUUGGCACACCACAUAAUCUGAGUGAACCGUGUAUCCAAGGAUGUUACUUUUGGAACUCUGUAGAUCAGAAAAACUGUGCUUUAAAGUGUCGGGAGUCGUGUGAGGUUGGCUGCAGCAGCGCGGAAGGUGCAUAUGAAGAGGAAGUACUGGAAAAUGCAGACCUUCCAACUGCGCCCUUUGCUUCUUCCAUUGGAAGCCACAACAUGACAUUACGAUGGAAAUCUGCCAACUUCUCUGGAGUAAAAUACAUAAUUCAGUGGAAAUAUGCACAGCUUCUGGGAAGCUGGACUUAUACUAAGACCGUGUCCAGACUGUCCUAUGUGGUUGAGCCCCUGCACCCCUUCACUGAGUACAUUUUCCGAGUGGUUUGGAUCUUUACAGCGCAGCUGCAGCUCUACUCUCCUCCAAGUCCCAGUUACAGGACUCAUCCUCAUGGAGUUCCUGAAACUGCACCUUUGAUCAGGAAUAUUGAGAGCUCAAGUCCCGACACUGUGGAAGUCAGCUGGGAUCCACCUCAAUUCCCAGGUGGACCUAUUUUGGGUUAUAACUUAAGGCUGAUCAGCAAAAAUCAAAAAUUAGAUGCAGGGACACAGAGAACCAGUUUCCAGUUUUACUCCACUUUACCAAAUACUAUUUACAGGUUUUCUAUUGCAGCAGUAAAUGAAGUUGGUGAGGGUCCAGAAGCAGAAUCUAGUAUUACCACCUCAUCUUCAGCAGUUCAGCAAGAGGAACAGUGGCUCUUUUUUUCCAGAAAAACUUCUCUAAGAAAGAGAUCUUUAAAACGUUUAGUAGAUGAAGCACAUUGCCUUCGGUUGGAUGCUAUAUACCAUAAUAUUACAGGAAUAUCUGUUGAUGUCCACCAGCAAAUUGUUUAUUUCUCUGAAGGAACUCUCAUAUGGGCGAAGAAGGCUGCCAACAUGUCUGAUGUAUCUGACCUGAGAAUUUUUUACAGAGGUUCAGGAUUAAUUUCCUCUAUCUCCAUAGAUUGGCUUUAUCAAAGAAUGUAUUUCAUCAUGGAUGAACUGGUAUGUGUCUGUGAUUUAGAGAACUGCUCAAACGUCGAGGAAAUUAGUCCACCCUCUAUUAGUGCACCUCAAAAAAUUGUCGCUGAUUCAUACAAUGGGUAUGUCUUUUACCUCAUGAGAGAUGGCAUUUAUAGAGAAGACCUUCCUGUGCCAUCUGGCCGGUGUGCAGAAGCUGUGCGUAUUGUGGAGAGUUGCACAUUAAAAGACUUUGCCAUCAAGCCACAAUCCAAGCGAAUCAUUUACUUCAAUGACACUGCCCAAGUCUUCAUGUCAACAUUUCUGGAUGGCUCUUCUUCCCAUCUCGUUCUACCUCGCAUCCCCUUUGCUGAUGUGAAAAGUUUUGCUUGUGAAAACAAUGACUUUCUUGUCACAGAUGGCAAGGUCAUUUUCCAACAGGAUGCUUUGUCUUUUAAUGAGUUCAUCGUGGGAUGUGACCUGAGUCACAUAGAAGAAUUUGGAUUUGGUAACUUGGUCAUCUUUGGCUCAUCCUCCCAGCUGCACCCUCUUCCAGGCCGCCCGCAGGAGCUUUCGGUGCUGUUUGGCUCUCACCAGGCUCUUGUUCAAUGGAAGCCUCCUGCCCUUGCCAUAGGAGCCAAUGUCAUCCUGACCAGUGAUAUUAUUGAACUCUUUGAAUUAGGCCCUUCUGCCUGGCAGAACUGGACCUAUGAGGUGAAAGUAUCCUCCCAAGACCCUCCUGAAGUCACUCAUAUUUUCUUGAACAUAAGUGGAACCAUGCUGAAUGUACCUGAACUGCAGAGUGCUACGAAAUACAAGGUUUCUGUGAGAGCAAGUUCUCCAAAGAGGCCAGGCCCCUGGUCAGAGCCCUCAGUGGGUACUACCCUGGUGCCAGCUAGUGAACCACCAUUUAUCAUGGCUGUGAAAGAAGAUGGGCUUUGGAGUAAACCAUUAAAUAGCUUUGGCCCAGGAGAGCUCUUAUCCUCUGAUAUAGGAAAUGUGUCAGACAUGGAUUGGUAUAACAACAGCCUCUACUACAGUGACAUGAAAGGUGACGUUUUUGUGUGGCUCCUGAAUGGGACGGAUAUCUCAGAGAAUUAUCACCUACCCAGCAUUGCAGGAGCAGGGGCUUUAGCUUUUGAGUGGCUGGGUCACUUUCUCUACUGGGCUGGAAAGACAUAUGUGAUACAAAGGCAGUCUGUGUUGACGGGACACACAGACAUGGUUACCCACGUGAAGCUAUUGGUGAAUGACAUGGUGGUGGAUUCAGUUGGUGGAUAUCUCUACUGGACUACACUCUAUUCAGUGGAAAGCACCAGACUAAAUGGGGAAAGUUCCCUUAUAUUACAGGCACAGCCUUGGUUUUCUGGGAAAAAGGUAAUUGCUCUAACUUUAGACCUCAGUGAUGGGCUCCUGUAUUGGUUGGUUCAAGACAGUCAAUGUAUUCACCUGUACACAGCUGUUCUUCGGGGACAGAGCACUGGGGAUACCACCAUCACAGAAUUUGCAGCCUGGAGUACUUCUGAAAUUUCCCAGAAUGCACUGAUGUACUAUAGUGGUCGGCUGUUCUGGAUCAAUGGCUUUAGGAUUAUCACAGCUCAGGAAAUAGGUCAGAAAACCAGUGUCUCUGUUUUGGAACCAGCCAAAUUUAAUCAGUUCACAAUUAUUCAGACAUCCCUUAAGCCUCUGCCAGGGAACUUUUCCUUUACCCCUAAGGUUAUUCCAGAUUCUGUUCAAGAGUCUUCAUUUAGGAUUGAAGGAAAUGCUUCAAGUUUUCAAAUCCUGUGGAAUGGUCCCCCUGCAGUAGACUGGGGUGUGGUUUUCUACAGCGUAGAAUUUAGUGCUCAUUCUAAGUUCUUGGCUAGUGAACAACACUCUUUACCUGUAUUUACUGUGGAAGGACUGGAACCUUAUACCUUAUUUAAUCUUUCUGUCACUCCUUAUACCUACUGGGGAAAGGGCCCCAAAACAUCUCUGUCACUUCGAGCACCUGAAACAGUUCCAUCAGCACCAGAGAACCCCAGAAUAUUUAUAUUACCAAGUGGAAAAUGCUGCAACAAGAAUGAAGUUGUGGUGGAAUUUAGGUGGAACAAACCUAAGCAUGAAAAUGGGGUGUUAACAAAAUUUGAAAUUUUCUACAAUAUAUCCAAUCAAAGUAUUACAAACAAAACAUGUGAAGACUGGAUUGCUGUCAAUGUCACUCCCUCAGUGAUGUCUUUUCAACUCGAAGGCAUGAGUCCCGGAUGCUUUGUUGCCUUCCAGGUUAGGGCCUUUACAUCUAAAGGGCCAGGACCAUUUGCUGACGUUGUAAAGUCUACAACAUCAGAAAUCAACCCAUUUCCUCACCUCAUAACUCUUCUUGGUAACAAGAUAGUUUUUUUAGAUACGGAUCAAAAUCAAGUUGUGUGGACGUUUUCAGCAGAAAGAAUUAUCAGUGCCAUUUGCUACACAGCUGAUAAUGAGAUGGGAUAUUAUGCUGAAGGGAACUCACUCUUUCUUCUGAACUUGCACAAUCGUUCUAGCUCUGAGCUUUUCCAAGAUUCACUGGUUUUUGAUAUCACAGUUAUUACAAUUGACUGGAUUUCAAGGCACCUCUACUUUGCACUGAAAGAAUCGCAAAAUGGAAUGCAAAUAUUUGAUGUUGAUCUUGAACACAAGGUGAAAUACCCCAGAGAGGUGAAGAUUCACAAUAGGAAUUCAACAAUAAUUUCUUUUUCUGUAUAUCCUCUUUUAAGUCGCUUGUAUUGGACAGAAGUUUCCAGUUUUGGCUACCAGAUGUUCUACUACAGUAUUAUCAAUCACACCUUGCAGCAAAUUCUGCAACCCACAGCUACAAACCAGCAAAACAAAAGGAAUCAAUGUUCUUGUAAUGUGACUGAAUUUGAGUUAAGUGGAGCAAUGGCUAUUGAUACCUCUAACCUAGAGAAACCAUUGAUAUACUUUGCCAAAGCACAAGAGAUCUGGGCAAUGGAUCUGGAAGGCUGUCAGUGUUGGAGAGUUAUCACAGUACCUGCUAUGCUCGCAGGAAAAACCCUUGUUAGCUUAACUGUGGAUGGAGAUUUUAUAUACUGGAUCAUCACAGCAAAUGACAGCACACAGAUUUAUCAAGCAAAGAAAGGAAAUGGGGCCAUCAUCUCCCAGGUGAAGGCCCUAAGGAGUAGGCAUAUUGUGGCUUACAGUUCAGUUAUGCAGCCUUUUCCAGAUAAAGCAUUUUUGUCUCUAGCUUCAGACACUGUGGAACCAACUAUACUUAAUGCCACUAACACUAGCCUCACAAUCAGAUUACCUCUGGCCAAGACAAACCUCACAUGGUAUGGCAUCACCAGCCCUACUCCAACAUACCUGAUUUAUUAUGCAGAAGUUAAUGACAGGAAAAACAGCUCUGACUUGAAAUAUAGAAUUCUGGAAUUUCAGGACAGUAUAGCUCUUAUUGAAGAUUUACAACCAUUUUCAACAUACAUGAUACAGAUAGCUGUAAAAAAUUAUUAUUCAGAUCCUUUGAAACAUUUACCACCAGGAAAAGAGAUUUGGGGAAAAACUAAAAAUGGAGUACCAGAGGCAGUGCAGCUCAUUAAUACAACCGUGCGAUCAGACACCAGCCUCAUUAUAUCUUGGAGAGAAUCUCACAAGCCAAAUGGACCUAGAGAAUCAGUCCGCUAUCAGUUGGCAAUCUCACACCUGGCCCUAAUUCCUGAAACUCCUCUAAGACAAAGUGAAUUUCCAAAUGGAAGGCUCACUCUCCUUGUUACUAGACUGUCUGGUGGAAAUAUUUAUGUGUUAAAGGUUCUUGCCUGCCACUCUGAGGAAAUGUGGUGUACAGAGAGUCAUCCCGUCACUGUGGAAAUGUUUAACACACCAGAGAAACCUUAUUCCUUGGUUCCAGAGAACACUAGUUUGCAAUUUAAUUGGAAGGCUCCAUUGAAUGUUAACCUCAUCAGAUUUUGGGUUGGACUACAGAAGUGGAAAUACAAUGAGUUUUACCAUGUUAAAACUUCAUGCAGCCAAGGUCCUGCUUAUGUCUGUAAUAUCACAAAUCUACAACCUUAUACUUCAUAUAAUGUCAGAGUAGUGGUGGUUUAUAAGACGGGAGAAAAUAGCACCUCACUUCCAGAACGCUUUAAGACAAAAGCUGGAGUCCCAAGUAAACCAGGCAUUCCCAAAUUGCUAGAAGGGAGUAAAAAUUCAAUACAGUGGGAGAAAGCUGAAGAUAAUGGAUGUAGAAUUAUAUACUAUAUCCUUGAGAUAAGAAAGAGCACUUCAAAUAAUUUACAGAACCAGAAUUUAAGGUGGAAGAUGACAUUUAAUGGAUCCUGCAGUAGCGUUUGCACAUGGAAGUCCAAAAACCUGAAAGGAAUAUUUCAGUUCAGAGUAGUAGCUGCAAAUAAUCUAGGGUUUGGUGAAUAUAGUGGAAUCAGUGAGAAUAUUAUAUUAGUUGGAGAUGAUUUUUGGAUACCAGAAACAAGUUUCAUACUUACUAUUAUAGUUGGAAUAUUUCUGGUUGUUACAAUCCCACUGACCUUUGUCUGGCAUAGAAGAUUAAAGAAUCAAAAAAGUGUCAAGGAAGGGGUGACAGUGCUUAUAAACGAAGACAAAGAGUUGGCUGAGCUGCGAAGUCUGGCAGCCGGAAUAGGCCUGGCUAAUGCCUGCUAUGCAAUACAUACUCUUCCAACCCAAGAGGAGAUUGAAAAUCUUCCUGCCUUCCCUCGGGAAAAACUGACUCUGCGUCUCUUGCUGGGAAGUGGAGCCUUUGGAGAAGUGUAUGAAGGAACAGCAGUGGACAUCUUAGGAGUUGGAAGUGGAGAAAUCAAAGUAGCAGUGAAGACUUUGAAGAAGGGUUCCACAGACCAGGAGAAGAUUGAAUUCCUGAAGGAGGCACAUCUGAUGAGCAAAUUUAAUCAUCCCAACAUUCUGAAGCAGCUUGGAGUUUGUCUGCUAAAUGAACCCCAAUACAUUAUCCUGGAACUGAUGGAAGGAGGAGACCUUCUUACUUAUUUGCGUAAAGCCCGGAUGGCAACGUAUUAUGGUCCUUUACUCACCUUGGUUGACCUCGUAGACCUGUGUGUAGAUAUUUCAAAAGGCUGUGUCUACUUGGAGCAGAUGCAUUUCAUUCACAGGGAUCUGGCAGCUCGAAAUUGCCUUGUUUCCGUGAAAGACUAUACCAGUCCACGGAUAGUGAAGAUUGGAGACUUUGGACUCGCCAGAGACAUCUAUAAAAAUGAUUACUACAGAAAGAGAGGGGAAGGCCUGCUCCCUGUUCGGUGGAUGGCUCCAGAAAGUUUGAUGGAUGGAAUCUUCACUACUCAAUCUGAUGUAUGGUCUUUUGGAAUUCUGAUUUGGGAGAUUUUAACUCUUGGUCAUCAGCCUUAUCCAGCUCAUUCCAACCUUGAUGUUUUAAACUAUGUGCAAACAGGAGGGAGACUGGAGCCACCAAGAAAUUGUCCUGAUGAUCUGUGGAAUUUAAUGACCCAAUGCUGGGCUCAAGAACCUGACCACAGGCCUACUUUUCAUAGAAUUCAGGACCAACUUCAGUUAUUCAGAAAUUUUUUCUUAAAUAGCAUUUAUCAGUGCAGAGAUGAAGCAAACACCAGUGGAGUCAUAAAUGAAGGCUUUGAAGGUGAAGAUGGCGAUGUGAUUUGUUUGAAUUCAGAUGACAUUAUGCCAGUUGCUUUAAUGGAAACGAAGAACCCAGAAGGGUUAAACUAUAUGGUACUUGCUACACAAUGUGGCCAAGGUGAAGAAAAGUCUGAGGGUCCCCUAGGCUCCCAGGAAUCUGAAUCUUGUGGUCUGAGGAAAGAAGAGAAGGAACCACAUGCAGACAAAGAUUUCUGCCAAGAAAAACAAGUGGCUUACUGCCCUUCUGGCAAGCCUGAAGGCCUGAACUAUGCCUGUCUCACUCACAGUGGAUAUGGAGAUGGGUCUGAUUAAUAGCAUUGUUUGGGAAAUACAGAGUUGAGAUAAACACUCUCGUUCAGUAGUUACUGAAAGAAAACUCUACUAGAAUGAUAAAUGUCAUGGUGGUCUAUACUCCAAAUAAACAGUGCAACGUU